AUGCACAAUGGUUUCGGAGGAGCUGCUCGAGAGAUGCCUGCACAUCUUGCAGGACCAGACCCUGGACGAGGAGGAGCAGGUGGAAAAAGUGGAAGAGUUCUUGCGCGCAAACACCACCUUGUCCGGCUCGUCCUUGGAGAACGCGGUGCUGGAUAUCCUCUGGCGGCAUCGAAACCGCAGCCUACCAGACUCAUCCCCCCGCCUAGUCGUCAUACCGUGAUUCGCCGUGCCUCACCUGCACCCUGGCAGAUGGCUCGCUCGUCUACGCCUUUAUCGCCUCAUUCCAACCUGGGAACCAGUCCCGGGAGUACCUCGUGGGUGCAGAGCUCCCGCGGGGCGUUUUCCCGGCCUCCACUCUCCUCGACCGUCUCCCCGUUCACUUCUCCACGCCCUUCACCCCGACUCGCCCUUGCGCAACCUAUUCCCCACUCCCCGAAUCUGAACGCGUAUGAAUUCUCAGAUCAAAGUCAGUUGUCCGAUUUCUAUGGGGACUUUGGCAGCGAUAGCAACGUCGACUGGCUUGUCGCAGACGAUGCCAACAGCACGACCUCGUCACUAGGCGGGCUCAGCGUAGCCGGCCUGAGUGCGACUGCGGCUGAGUUUGUGCCUGAUAUGAGCCCGCACGAUAUCUUGCGCACCGUGCUGGGUGAUAGACGUUCAAAUGAUGAAAUCGAAGCGGCUCUAGAAGCAAACAGCUAUGACCUCGGCGCUACCAUCGCAUCACUGACUCAAGAUCAAGAGGUGGACGUGUUUCCGAAACAGCACGACGACGGUCGUGUGGUGGUGGGCAAGUCUAUGGCAAUGGAUCAAUCACGCCCGAUCACGCCCUCGGGGCAUAAUCGGAGCCCGAUAGUGUGCAAGUACUGGUUGUCCACUGGCCAAUGUCUGCGGGCGGACUGCCGCUUCAGCCAUGAUUUGACAAGUCAUGUGUGCAAAUACUGGGUCAUGGGCAACUGUCUGGCCGGCCAGGGCUGCCCAUUCUCUCAUGAUCCGUCCGCACUUAUAUCCAAUCUCAGUGUCACAGAUGGCAGUCGGCCAACAUCGCCACCAACCGGCUCUCCGUUUCAGGGAGACAGUGGCUCUGACGCAUUCCCACCAUUACAGUCGUCAGCCGCAGCGGAAGACCCCUGGGCUGGACAAUAUAUUGGCCGAUAUCCAUCCCCUCACCUUCUACAAGGCAGCAAGCCUAUCCCUCCUGGGCUGCAUUCGGGAAUGGGAAAACGCAAUGGAAGCAUGACGCUUCUUACGCGCCCUCAGUCCCGUCCUGCCAGCCGCCAUCAGAAUCGGGAACUCAAUCCCACCGCCCCGUCGGUUGACGACCAAGAUGCGUUUCCAACUCUCGCCGCAGUUAGCGCAAAGAACGCUGGGAAAAAACAUCACGGGAAACGAGGCGGGCACAAUAACCGUGAGGGGAAUCUCAGCAGAGAGAACAUUCCACCCUCAUCAUUGGCGGACGUCGUUCGCAUGUCCCCAUCGCCAGCUCUUGGAAAAAGCAAAUUUAAGAACAACAAAGAGCCCAAGGGUCGUGAAAACAGCGCCGCGGCUCAGUCAAUCCCGCCGCCGCAAAAUAUCCCCUGGCUCGAGACUGGGGGAAGAGCCAACCAGCAAUAUAUCAAGUACCGCACCGAAGCAAUCCGGCAUGGCACCGUGCGGAACAAAUUUCUGCAAAGUGCUGCCCAAGCUUGGAACCGAAACGAUGCUCGCGCCGCCAAAGCCCUCUCGCUCCGUGGCCAAGCCGAGAACGACGCGAUGCGCAGAUGUCAUCGUGAAGCAGCGCGCCAACUGUACGAGGAACGCAACCAGCAUUUGCAUCAUGCAGGCCUGGACGAUUCAUCAGAAGAACUCUAUGUUGAUCUGCACGGUCUCCACCCCGAGGAGGCGAUUGAGUACCUGGAGAAAAUCCUUCUGAAGCACGCGCGAGAAGGGUUGCGGGUAGUCUAUGCAAUCACGGGCACCGGACAUCACUCGAAAAAUGGCAAGGACAAGAUCGGAAAGGCCGUCAAAGCCUGGCUCAACGAAUGGCGGUACCUAUUCCGCGAGUUCAGCGUGCCGGGUGAGCGCGGUGGCUACGUUGGCGGGAUCCUUGGGAUCGAUCCGACCAGUUAUGACAAAUCUCUUGCUCGCAGUGUUGGGAAUGCGACGGAGGGAGAUGCCAGCGAGCCUACUCUGGCAAUGGGCAAGAUUCAGCUAUUGAAGCGCGAGGAUCUGGAGACGAAGGAUCAAUGA